UUCGCCCUAUGGGGCGCAACUUAUGAAAUGUCAGAAGUUGGUUCGACCGGAAAUUCUGGCCCUGGUCCUCCUGCACAGUUCAAUUCACUCAAUUCUCCAACAAAGCUAUCCAUUCCAAGCGGUUCUCGACCUCUCCUACGUGACAAUGGAUCACGGCGAGGAAAGAAAAUCGGUCACCGACGCGUCACGGAAGAAGGAACUGUUACAUAUAAAAAGAAACCCACUUCCGAAAUCCAGCAGGCUUUACAGCUGGGUAUUCAACACCACAUUGGUUCGAUUCAGAAGGAACGUGAUCGCGAUGUGCUGUACCGUGAUUUCCAAACUAUCGACACCGUCCAGUUUCCUGCCUGUGGGACCAAAACUACCCCGGCCCACUCACUGUCAGAUUUCCGGUUCAAGACCUACGCCCCAAUUGCAUUUCGCAACUUUCGAACGCGGUACAAACUGGACAUUCGUGAUUUCCUGAAUUCCAUAUGCAGUCGAGAACUACGCGAAUUAUCUAACCCGGGUGCCAGUGGAUCAAUCUUCUACAUCACACAGGAUGAUGAGUUCAUCAUCAAAACCGUGCAGCACCGGGAAGGCGAAUUUCUACGCGCUCUUCUUCCAAGCUACUUUAUGAAUUUAUGGCAACAUCCCCCGACCCUUUUGCCCAAAUUUCACGGAUUUUACUGCUAUCAGACAUCCAGAAAGAACAUUCGUUUCGUUGUGAUGAACAACCUACUCCCUUCUUCGGUAAAAAUACACGAAAAGUAUGACUUAAAAGGAUCCACGCACAAACGGCGAGCCAGCGCAAAAGAACUGGCCAAAAGUUCGCCAACUUUGAAAGAUCUGGACUUUAUAGAGAGGCAUCCCGAUGGAAUUUGGCUCGAGGCUGAAACCUACGAUGCCCUGAUGAGAACUAUCGAACAGGACUGUCUGGUCUUGGAGUCUUUGGAAAUCAUGGACUACUCACUUCUGUUGGGCGUUCAUAAUUUGGACCAGGCCAAACGGGAACGACAGAUGGAGAAACAAGCAACGAAGCAAGUAAACAAUGCGAAAACAAGCACGCCCUCUGGAGGUGAUGACGUUGGAGCAUCCUCUGCAAAACGAUUACCGGACGAUUCCAAUCCUAACGGCCUUCAACACGAUACUUCUGGUCUCCAACAUCACAAGACCAGUCCAUUGCGAAGCUCCGGCGCCCAGCAUGGCAUUUCUUCCGACGCUUUCCGAUGGUCUCGCGCUCCUCCUGGAGCUGAUGGAGAGAAAAUUGUUUCCAUCAGCUCCGAUUUGCCCACAGCAGGUCCCUCGCCGAGUAGCACUUUCGAACGCGACGCAGCUCGCGGUCGUUCCACGAAACGACUGGCUGCCUAUUGUACGGCAAUGGAAUCUAUCGAGGCCAGCGCCAAACCAGUGGAACUGGAGAAGGAAGAAAUGGAUUUAAUUCCCUCUGGUGGUAUCCCUGCUCGAAAUAGCAACGGAGAUCGGUUAUUGCUGUUCCUGGGCAUCAUUGACAUCCUACAGAGUUAUCGGCUCAUUAAGAAGCUCGAGCACGGUUUCAAAGCCAUUGCCAUUGAUGGACGAACGGUAUCGGUCACACCACCGGGUUUCUACUCUCAGCGUUUCCAGGAAUCUCUAUCACGCCAUGUGUUUAAACGAAUACAAUCGCGCAUGUCAGCCAUGAAACAAGCCUCGUCCAAGCGCGCUGCACCACCCGGUCGCCUACCUACCAUUCGGUCCAGUGAUGCUGUGCUGUCCUCAUCCACUAGCAGAAACGGAUCAACUCAGUCGGUCUUCUACCCUUCGAGCACAACUGAAUCGAAUUCGCUCCUCAUUCCAAGCUCUCUUGUGUGGAACCGUCCCGCGUCAGUCGAGAUCAGUUUCCCCCCAGCGUCACAAGUGCGAAGCGGACACUACGGGGCCGACACGGUUUCUCAUCCAAGUCCAGAAUUCGAUGAUUCAACUGGAGGUACAAUGGGACCAAAUCGUCACGGUCAACAAGAAUAUCACGAACUGUCGACGGCGCGUCGGCACGGUAGUUCGUGCGAACUCAGUUUGCGGUCCGGCACAGUUCAAUACCCUUCCCUGCCGCCUAACACUGACAGAAGAUCAACUAGGAGGCGAAAUAGCUCUAAUCGACUCACCGAGUAUCAGCGAAACGCUCGAUCGCACACCCAGCUCAACCAGUGUUCGCGAACAAGAGGACAACACUCUGGACGAAUUCCAACUCACUUGCUGAGCGAACUAAUCCCAGACCUCAAUCUGUCUUCAAGCUAUUUAAGUGUGGCCAGUGUACUAACUACAUCAUCCGAAAGCGAUGGUGGUGAUCGUCAGCGUGCUUCCAGAUCAUCCGUACAUUCACAUUUAGGCGAACCUACCCUCGUCACUGGCCGUUGUAUCGUCACUCCCGAAUAUCCCCGAGUCGUCUACAUAUCUGAUUCUAAUUCAAAAGUAAAUGUUGCUGUCGACCCCCAAAAACCACCAGUACCGUGCACUAACCACCGAACCCACACCACAGGGUCCCCAAAUCAGGAGUCGCGACAGGUGGUGAAUGGAGUACCCAAAACUGAGUCUCAUAAUCGCUAUGCGAAGCGGACUGAAACGGUCCGUCGGACUCCUGCGAAAAUGGUCUUCGAUUCCUUACCGGCAUCAUUGACCAAACGACGCCUACCCGUAGACAGAUCACUGGGUGUGCAAGGAAAUGAGAUGCCCGCGAUACCUGCGUCGAAAAGUUAUUCAGGGUUAACGGGUGCGGAUUCACUGGAGUACUUCAUGCAAGACGCUGUCCUUCGUUUCCGCGAAACGGCUUAUGACCCUUACGGGUUGGCUCGGAAGAAUCUGUUAAAUCAACUCAACACAACCAGAGCGGCCUCCGCGACGUGUGUGAAUAGAAAUUCGGCCGACUCAAUGUCCUCCUCGGGGAGGUGUUCCCUAAUGUCAGCACAGAGCACAUCACGUGUACAGGCUUUGGAUCGAAGGCGCAGACGUCUAUCCAGACGUGAAAUCCAGACGAACUCGUCCGGUGCGGCCUAGCGUCGUUCUGGAGCUGUAGAUUCGAAUCUCUUCGAAACUAGUACAAUGACCCGCUCUGUCUUAUUCGUCUUGUGGAACAGCUUAAACUGCUCUUGUUACGUUUUCUCCACGACACAAAUGAAAGCGCUGAAGCCGCUGGGAACAAAAUCGCGUUCUCCGUCUAUGUGUAAGUGUGGCAAUCGUUCAAACCGGCCGAUUCGACUGGAUGAUCUCUUCUACCAUUCCGUUAAGGACAUUCUUUAGAUAGAAGACCGUUCGCCUAUUCGUUUUGUCCUUCAGGCUGCUUCGUUCUGUUCCCCUACAUGUUUCGUGAUCUUCUGAGCAGCCAUUUCAUGCCGUCAGCUUGUCUGAGCCUUUUGGCUCUUUGGCAUUUCGGUUCCUCCACCCCCCUCUGGUUAUUCACAUCCGUUGUGUUUUGUUCUUUCUCAUAUCCUGUGGAUCGGUUAAAACUUGACGCGUGCACACGCACAUAAUUCCUGGUGGCUGGUUUGCUUCUAUUCUCUGUACACAUUCCCGUUGACGAUCUGGUGAUGCUGUUUUUUUGUAUUUGCUUUUCUUCCUGGUGGUCCCACUAUUAGCGCCCCCAUUCUCACCGCUACUCUUCGGGACGGUAUCCUAUAGUCAACUCGUUUCCAAUAUAACUUGUUCAAUACGUGAUGGACCCGAGUACACACACACAGUUUGCUGACCGUCAGGUCGCUUCAGUUCCAGUUGUCUUUCAGUCUGGUCUGUGCAAAUUAUAUCUUGCCCGGAUCCCCUCAACUGACUAUGCAAUCGUAUGUAGCAAAACCUUCAUCUCAGCCCUUUUGGUCUUUCGUUCGUAUGAGCUCUCUCGCUCUCCCAAUCCCAUAUCUCAUUUAUUUGUGUUUCGGCUCGUAACUGACACCUUGAAACAGCACCGCCAGGCGCUUCAGUUCCAGUUGUCUUUCAGUCUGGUCUGUGCAAAUUAUAUCUUGCCCGGAUCCCAUCAACUGACUAUGCAAUCGUAUGUAGCAAAACCUUCAUCUCAGCCCUUUUGGUCUUUCGUUCGUAUGAGCUCUCUCGCUCUCCCAGUCCCACAUCUCAUUUAUUUGUGUUUCGGCUCGUAACUGACACCUUGAAACAGCAAUAACGUGAGAAUGUAUGUUCUUGAUCCAAAGGUCGUUUGCAUGUAUGCGGCUAAUGUUGGAUACAAAUUCACCGGAAUGUGUUCUCCCUGUUGCUGCUGCUGCUUUUUGUCCAAUUUCCACUUGUUAUCUUUUGCGAAUAGUUAGUCAAAUGGAAAAUACACCCAUUUAAAAAGCUCAGAUUUAUCAACUUCUAUUCCUCGUUCAUUGUGUUUAAGUUCAACAACUGAUCCUCGCGCACACAGGGUUAUUAUCCACCCCUUCCUUACUUUGUAACAUAUAUUUCUCCACCAUCCCUUCUGUGCACCUUACUUAUCACGCGCGAAAAAUUGGGUUAAUUUGAGUGGUACUCAUCAUGCACCAGCAUGCGAUUACCGCUUUACUUAUCUCCCCAACAGUUUGGCCUAUAUUCAUUUUGUUUCAUUUCUGGGGAAAACGGAAUGAUUUGGGUUGUUGCCCGGACAAAAGCAAUGGCUUUCUGAAAGAAAGCAAAGCACGAUAUUUGGUUGACUUUGAUAUGUUAUCUUUCCUCUCAUCGCCACCUUAAUUCUGUUACAAGUCUAUCCUUAAUGCCACUUUCUCUCUGUUGCCGCCACUAUUACUACUACUUAUUUUCCGCCGGUCAUCCAAUAUUGG